AGGAUCUUCCCUUUGAAGAAAAAACUAAAACUAACUGAAGUGUUUUUGUCUGAGAAAAAAAGCCAUUGAAAAUAUGAUUAAACCAGAUUACUGUAGAUUGUGUGUUUUGGAGAGAGUGAAAGGUUUUUUUUUUCCUCUUUCAAAAUCAUAGAACUAAGAUCUAGUGAUCCUCAAUAACAGGCAAUACAGGCUAUGCACAAACAUAUCUUCUCAUUUCAGAUUAUUUUGCAUGUGCGGUUAUGGAUUUUAGCUUAAAUACGGUAGUUAAAAUAUGUUGUGACAAAUUUACAGUGAAAGACAAAUUUAUCAGUUAGCAUUCAAUAUGAUGUUGAAAUAGAACCAUUAUGUUUGGGAGAGCUAUCCCCCACUAUCUGAUGCUUGGGGGAGAAGAUGAAAAAAUUCUGCUUGUGAAUUUUUUAGAAGCAUCUAGAUAAUGACUUUCCGAAACAACAUUUGCUUAGAUCCAUCACUAGACUAAUCAAGUGGGAUUCUUCAUAUUAUGUAUCUUAGUAUAGAAAAAUGACAUAUUAAGGAUUGUUAACCUCUAGACACCUUCUUUUUCAGAAAUGAGCUCCCCUGUGUUUAUAGUCUUGUUCAAAGAAAAACAUAAACAAGACUGAAGCUUGAAAGUUUCAAAUGCUGAUAUGCUAUUAUUUUCACAACUGUGUAAUAGUCUCUUGAAAUUUAAACAAAACAAAUCUCUAAGGCUACCUAGGAAAAUUAAUUAUUCCAGAAGAAGCAAAGUUAAAAAGUUUAUGGGUAUGGGGGGAGGCUUAUAGAUUUUAAUGCCAUCUGCAACAUAAACAAGAUCAGGAUGUGAAUAGCACAAGGAAGAGAAACUCUGAAGUUGAGAAAUUUGUCACUUAAAGAAGAGUUCGGUGUUAUUUUAUUUUCGAUAGUUCCGCUAACUCCUGAGAUAAAAGAAACUUUGCACGUAGCUUAAAGUAUUAGAUUCCUAACUUUUGUGCUUGGUUUUAGAAAAGGCUUUAAAACUGAGCUGAAUGGUUUCUUCAAAGAAAUCAUUCUGAUUAUUAAAGUUGGAUUUAAAAAACUACAAAAGGCAAAAAAAAGGUUUUAGCAUUGCUUCCUACAUGAAGUCUUUCAUAUAAUGUCUUUGAAGUUGUGACUGCUGAUUUACCAAUACAAAUUAAGUUUUUGCUAAAAAGGGCAUGUGUGUAUCACUAGAAUAAGUUUCUCCUCAGUGCCCUCCCGACCCCCUUCCCAUCCCACCUCAGCCCCAAAGUGUUUGGCUAGUUCUAAUUCUUUAGAUCUCUCUGUCUCCUCUUUUUAUCUUUAUCUUGUGAAAUUUGUUAGGUUCUUCAGAGUGAUAGGAUAAAAGCCAAAAAAAAUUUGAGGAUUUAAAUCACUAUCUCUUAGCCCUGAUGUUUCAUUCCAUGUUCUUUUAAAUAUCUGACUUUUUCUGGCAUUAUCAGCCGGUUGCAUGUUAGCAAUGACUUGAAAAGAUAGUGUACGAGAUUUACUGAAGUCCCAUUUUAAUCUGGUAAAGUAGAAACCUAUGCACAGGAAUACAAACCUAUACAUAGAACUUGCUUCUGAGUGAUUAUUCUUAAAUUUGUUGUCUAUUAUAUUGCAAUCCUUACAAACCUGGAACUUACUUUUGAGCACAUGCAGUGCAUCUGAAUAUUUGGAACCAUGGGAGUAACUAGCCUGUGGCAGAUCCUGGAACCUGUCAAGCAACAUGCCCCUCUCUGCAGUCUUAAAGGAAAAACAUUAGCUGUUGAUUUAAGUCUCUGGGUGUGUGAAGCACAGGCGGUUAAGAAGAUGGUGGGAGUAGUCACAAACCCACAUCUUAGGAACCUUUACUGUCGUGUCUCUUCUUUAACACUAAUGGGGAUCCAUCUGGUGUUUGUCACGGAGGGUGACCUCCCCAAACUGAAAAGCAGCACAGUGCAGAAGAGAAUAGAAGCUCGCUUUGGGCCAUUGAGAAAGCCUGAGAUCGCAAAAAAAGGGAGAUCCCGUUUCAAAUCUAUUUUGAAAGAGUGCCUUGAACUGCUGGAGACCUUGGGAAUCCCAUGGAUUCAAGCAGCCGGAGAAGCAGAGGCAAUGUGUGCUUACCUGAAUGCAAAUGGCCACGUGGAUGGGUGCAUCACCAAUGACAGCGAUGUCUUCCUUUAUGGUGCUCAAACAGUGUAUCGAAAUUUUACCAUGGACAUCAAGGACCCACACGUUGACUGCUACUUGAUAGCUGAUAUUGAAGAGAAACUAGGCUGCAGCCGAGAAUCUCUGAUCGGAUUAGCAAUUCUGCUUGGCUGUGAUUAUCUCCCUAAGGGAGUUCCUGGAGUAGGAAAAGAAAAGGCUUUAAAGUUGGUCAAAACUUUGAAAGGACAGAGCUUACUGCAAAGAUUUGAGUCCUGGAAAGACCAUUUCCAAUUGGGUGAAGUCCCAGUAUCGACAGCUAAGAAACCGCUUCACUGUUCUGUGUGCCAUCAUCCAGGUUCUUCUAAAGAUCAUGAGGACAUGGGAUGUAAUAUCUGUGGUAGUGUGGGAUAUUGUGAGCCCCAAGAGACUAACUACUGCUGCCCCUGUAACUGGCAUUCUUCUGAGUCAGAGCAGCAACGGAGCUUAGUGGAGGAAGGUAUUAAAAAAAAAGCCAAGGCGUGUGAAGGUUUUCCCUUUCCUGAGGUUAUCCACGAAUAUCUCAUCAGCAAAGACAAACCAGUGAAAUUAAAUGGGUGCCAAAGGCCAAAUUUAUUAUCUUUUCAAAGGUUUGCUGUCAAGAAAAUGAACUGGACCGAGCAGUACGCCUGUGAGAAAUUGUGUAGCCUUCUGACUUACUAUGACAUGAACAGAAAGAAGUCUGGCCAUACUGAUCCAAAGCAGCUGCAGGCCCUGCGGAUAAUCAAGUCACGGAUUAGAAAUGGAAUUCCCUGUUUUGAAAUUGUAUGGCAAAAGCCAGAUCAUUACUCUGCUGCAACUGAGGCUCAGCCUGCAGAUCCCUUUCUAAUAACAAUAGAAGAGUCAACACUAUUUGAGGCUGCCUAUCCUGAAGUGGUUGCUUUGUAUCAAAUGGAAAAGUUGAAAAUUGGCAAAGAAAAAAAGAAAAGUAAGAAGAAAAGUAAAGCAAAAGAAUGCUUAGCAGGGGACAGCAAAGUAGAAGAUACUUUGUCUGACCUGAACUUGCAACCUGCAUGUGAAAACGUUCUCAGCCAAGUUUCGAAAUCUGAUUUUAGGCCUGUUUUUGAACUGCAAAAAUCUCCAAAAAAGAGCUAUGAAUCUCUCUGUUUUUCAGACCCUGCAGAUUUUUCUACUGCAUUAGGAAAGCCAAGCAACUUUUUUUUUGCUUCACAAAACCCAGAAAAUGAAUAUAAACCUUCUAAUUCUUUAAUCUCACAAACAGAAUUAUUUAUUAAGGAGCCUAUGGCUUGUUCUGCAAACACUGAUCUGCAGCUGAGUGGCAUUGACUGGGAAGGGACAUCCUUCAAGAUUUCUCCAAGAAAUGUUAAUCUUCCUUGGUAUUCAGAAUCUGAGUCUGGCCUAGGCAAUAAUUCUUUAAAGCAGUGUUCUCCACCACACAGUAAAGCAGCCAAUAUCCUCACGCAGCAUUCAGAUUCUGCACAACACAAUCCCAAUCUGAUCACUGGUGUAGAUUACUCUGUUUCAGACACGGGCUUUCCUAAAGAGAAGAACGAUCUGUCUUUAAAAGAUCGAGCUGCUAUGGAACGUUUGGAAGCUUUCCCCAAAGCUAAAAAUGUGCCUUUGUUAAAUCCAGCACAAUUGCGAGAACAAAUAAAGGCAACUUCUAACCCUGGAGGGGAAUUUGCAUCUCCUGACAGCAUUCAGGAAAUUGAAAAUAUGAUAUUACUAGAAAAACAUCUGCGAGAGCUAAACUUAGAGAGCUAUAGAGAAGAUCUCCGAAGUUAUAAGGACCCACCAACUGCAACAGAUAAAGUCAAGGAUUCAGGAAGUUCUUGGAGGCCAAUGCUAAAAGUGAGUCACUUAGAAAACAAACAGCAAAUUUUGCCCUCUAAGUCAAAUAAAGUCCUAGGUAACUGUCAGAUCGGGGGAAAAUCUGUGCCAAGGAUCAUGAAAAGCUCCUUUAAGAAGAGUGUGUGCCAAAAUAGUUAUCAUGCUGAGGACAGUGAUAGUGAAAAUGUGGAGGACAGGUGGAAGGGUCAUAGGAUCCCAAAACAGCAAAGAAAGAGUCAUAUGGUUCAGUUGAAGGACAAGUGCAAUGGCAAAAGAGACAACAAGAAAUUGGCAUUUGAGAUUCAGCCAGAACCAAAAGGGAAAGUUGAUCACGCUCUUAAAGUACUCAACACUGAUUUGUCCACAGAAGAACGUCUGCUUCUACCUCUCUCCAAGUCUCCAAGUCUCUCCAAAUGUGGAUUCGAUCCUUGUCUUCAGGAGACCAGAAGUGAUCUGAAUAUGUGUCUUGAGAGUCCGUUGCCUCUGUCUGAAAGGCUGAAGCACAGAUUGAAGAGCAGUUGAGCAUUUCCUGUUCCCUUCUGUCUGAUGUCCUUAUCUGGAAACAUCUCAGAUGUCUUGAUAGGUUUUAAAUGUCCUCUUAAAUUUAAUAAGUCCCAUAAUGUGAGUGGUAGAAGAUUGAAAGAAGUGUCUGAAGUGAAAUGACUGGGAAAUUAAAUUCUUCAAGCAACUUUUCUGUAGUGUCUUGCUCUAAUUUUGACUCACAGACCUGCUGUGAGUUGGGCUGAAGUUUUCCUAAAUAAUUUGCUUGAGUGGUUGCAUCAAUCAUGCCACAAUAGCAUGAACUCAAGAAUAAAUACAUAAUAAUGUUAGAUUUUUUUGCAAAGUAUAAAAUAUGUAACAACUUGCUGAUCAAUGACAGUGGCAAAGCUACUGACAUUUUUACACAAACAGAUUGGUGCUAUCAUAGUAUGUUUUUAUAUAAUUUUGCUGUAGGUUUUCAGGUCCAAAUUAAAUAAUGCUCUAGAUCAGGGAUGUCAAACUCGCAGCAUCACUGAGGCGUCACGUGAUGUAUUGGGACUUUUCUCCCCUUUGCUGAACUGGACGGGGGCAAAGCAAGUACAUGAUGCAUCCGGCCUGUGGGCUGCAAGUUUGACCUCCUGCUCUAGAUCCAAUCUUGAGUCAGUCCCUACACAUGCAACACAGUUAAGUACCAGAAUUAUAAAGUGGUUAAAAAAAAAUCAAUUUAGAACUACCGUAUGCCUGUAACAUAACUUUAGAAUUAGAAAUCUAAUUUAUUAGAGAGGGCUGCUACAAUCUAGUACUUUAUCUGCUCUUUAUUUUCUCCUUUGACCAAUUUUCCAGCUUGGGAUCUUAUGGUCUUAGAAUCAUAAUGAUUUUCAUUUGUAACUAUAUAUAAUCCGGUUUUUAAAUAGACUUUCAUAAAGACUUUUUUUUUAAAAAAAUGAAAUGCUUUUCAAUAGUAGUAGUUUAAAUGAAUUAAUUAAACACAAAUACUUUGCAACAAUAUUUAUGUAAUGACUAAAGUCAAGGGGAGUUUGUCUCCAUAAAUAGUUGUGUUUAAGAGUGCGGUCUUUUAAAAUAUGGUAUUUGUAACAUUAGCGAUUUUCUCUGAUUCCAGAUAUUGUAUUAUUGUAUUAUUGCUUAGAUCAAAUUUUUGUUUUUUGUAGACAAGCUCUGUAUUUACUGGUAUAAUGCAUACUUUCCAUGCCAAAAGUACCAUUUUCAAAUUAUGGGCUUUUACUUCAGGCUGAAAUAACUCCCCCAAUGGCAGUUCUGGAUACCCAUUGCUGGUCAAGAGAGAGCACUUGAGCGAACAGUAUUGGCACAGUGCAACUCCUCAUAGUGAUAGUGAUCAGAUCAAGGUGCAAAUCAUAUCAAUUUUUUAACAUAUAGAAUUGAAAGUGCAUCUUGUUGGGUAAUUGUGCUUGCUGAUUCACGAAAAGGGUGAAAACAUUAAUUCACAGGGUUGUUAUUUUUUUGCCAUAGAAUUGUUGAUGCAAGUGACAUUCUAAUCUACAUAUUUACUUUUAUUUUUCACAAUAUAUGGUCACAUAAAUUAUUAAAAAGAUGCAGAAGUUGAUUUCACAUGUUGUACUAUGUCGUCACCUAAUUUGUCUGAUUUGGUUUUAAUGCGAUCUAUAAAGCCAGCCAUUGUGGUUUGUAAAAUAUUAUGUACAGCUUAGCAUGUGCAUAUAGCCAUUGUAAGUUUGUUCUAAAAAUCAUGGUUAAGACAAUCAUGGCUAAAUGUGACAAUCCUAGCCAAUUUGCAAAAUUGUUUGAGCCACUUCAAAUUUCCAUUUAUUUCAGUAGAAUGGCUGAAAAUAUUCUCCUGAAUUCUUUCUCACUGAAACCAUGAGAGAGAAAGUACUCAAGUAUAGCUGAUGUCAGCCAAGGAGGCCAUCUUUUUCUUUGGAUCUUCAGGGCUGCCAUACUUGGUGCUGUGGGAAACUGGGAGGGGGAUUGCAUGGAGUUGUAGAGUUAUUUAGCCAUAACAACAUUCUUUUCUCUGGGAGUCAAGGACAUUCAGCCUGCACCUGGAGUGUCGUGACUGGGAGACAUCUCCAGUUCGGACAAUGGAUUGAUUGGACCAUGUGAUGGACAUGUGGGUGCAGGGGAAGGGACUUUGACUUUCCUUUGGGUGGGGUGUAGGAAGUUAGCACUCACCCCUCUCCUAGAAGAAUGAAAUAUUUUAGAAAAUAUUAAAAAGGCAGAAUAUUAUAUUGCCCUGGAUGAGAAAUGGAGAAACAUGUUUUAAGGACAAAGCAGCUCCCUGCAGCUUCCUGCCUCCCCCCACCUUUGUCAAUGGUCCAGAGGCAGAAACUUAUUCUCCCCACCUUUGUCAAUGGACCAUCAUCUGCAACAUAAUAGGACCCAUCUAGCAACAGAAACUCACCACAUGGCACCUGGGAGGAUUACAUCAGCCAGCAAGGCUAGCUAAGAUCCCCACCCCCUGGGAGUCUGACAACCAAUCAGGAUAUUCUUCCUGUGCCCCAGGAAGUUCAAAGCUCAAAGAAAGCAUAAAGCCAGGGCGCACUUAGCAUCUCAGCCCUUUUCUGUUCAGGAACUCAAACCAUGUGAACCUGUCCACCAUUAAACCAUCUUUCCAAGCAGU